AUGGCUCAUAAAGGAGAACCUGCGGUUUUCUUUUCCAAGGAGGAUAUUGUUAAGCUUGCUGCCCCGUAUAAAUUUGCGGUAGUUGGAAGCGGACUUCUUGCGUGUUUGGACUCAGGGGAUAUGGCAGAUUGGUGCAGUCAGUCAUCAACAGGAUGGGAGCUUGGAGAUCUCGCUUCCUAUCCUUUGGAGAGCAGGUUGGAGAGUGUUUCGGAUCAUUCUGUGUUCGAUUUUGUGUCAAAUGGACAGUGGAACCAAAAUUUGCUGAGGUACUGGGUCCCAGAUGCUGUUGUUGCAGAGAUUAUCCAGAGGCCUGUCCCUACUGGUGACGGGCAAGACAGGGCAAUCUGGUGUUUGACGGAGUCUGGGGAUUUUUCGAUUGCAUCGACCUAUCAUUUGUCCAGUGGGCAGCAACCUACCUCAUUCAUGUUUGCUAGGGUCUGGUACCCGUUGUUGCCCGUCAAGAUUUCCUUUUCCAUGAUGCGUGUGUUGAGAAAUCGGUUGCCUGUAGCGUCAGCAUUGGGGAGGCUAAAUGUUCACGGCCCUUCAAAGCGCUUUUGCUGUUUAGAUCCCAACUCAGAAUCAUUGAAGCACAUUUUUUCAGAAGGUGAUCUAGCCCAGUUUCUUUGGGCUUUCUUUGGGAAUGCUGUAGGGGUUGUGUACAGAGGUACAGGUGUUUGGUCUCGGUUGGUAGGUUGGUGGUCUUUGCCAACACUUCAUUCUCGUAUGAAGAUGAUCCAUACGGUGUUGCCUAGCAUAAUCUAUUGGCAUGUUUGGUUGGCACGGAAUCUCGCCUUCUUUGAAGGCCAAUCCCUGCACAAGCGGACUAUUUGUGAUUGUAUUAUGGCAGAUGCAGUGGGAUUGGUUUGUGGUAGGGAUAGGGGGAAUCGGAGGGUUAUUUGUCCUGGCAUGCUUUUUAUGCCAGUCUCUUUGGAUGGCGCCCUCGAUACUCCCAUCGGAUGGUUUGUUGGGAACCACCAGGUGACAAGUCUACAGGCGGAGGCUAAGUCGUUAAUAUAUGGGGUGCAGCAGUGCGUGUUGCGGGGCUUCUCCAGCAUUCAGGUGGAGGUGGAUUCGCUACUGUUAGCAAAUAUCCUUCAAGGCAAAUCGAAGUGUUCGUGGUUGAUUCGAUCGGAAAUUGCAACAUUCCAGGCAAUCUGUACUUUGGCUAGGACGGUGGGACAUUGCUAUCGAGAGGCGAACCAGGUGGCAGAUGCGUUGGCUAAGGCGGGGGCAAAUGGUUCAGGGAAUGUUCUUUAUACUUCACAAUCGGAGUUACCAAGACCUGCAAAGGGGGCCUUGAUAUUGGAUAAAGCAGGAACUCCUGCCAUUCGCGUUAGGGCUAUUCGCAAAUAA